AUGGUGGCGAUUGCUGCACAGCCCUACCAGUGGCCACUUGAUGGCUCUCUGUCUCCUUCUACUACAGCCCUCGUUGUAAUCGACAUGCAGAACGACUGCAAGUCCUUCUCCAUCCUCGAACUGGCUAGAGAUCUCACGUCUCAACACCCGCGGAUCAUCCACACACGCGCUAUUAUCCCUACGAUCGCCUCUCUUCUCGAGACGUUCCGCGUGCACGGCUUUCCGAUUUUUCAUACUCGCGAAGGACACCGCGCCGACCUUUCCACGUUAUCGUUGCGCGAGCUUGGCAGGUCGCGUAAUAAUCCAAGUGGGUUGGGCAUAGGAGACGUCGGACCUCUAGGGCGGCUGCUCAUCCGCGGCGAGCGCGGGCACGACAUUGUCGACGAGCUCUAUCCCCGUCCGGGCGAGCCCGUCGUCGAUAAACCAGGCAAGUCCGCGUUCGCGUACACAGACUUCGAGCUGCUGUUGAAGGUGCGCUGCGUGAAGAACCUGGUCGUGUGUGGGGUGACGACGGACGUGUGCGUGUCUUCGAUGAUGCGCGAGGCGAAUGACCGGGGGUAUGAUUGCUUGCUUGUGGAGGAUGCCGCCGCCGCCAGUGUGCAGGAGCUGCAUCGUGCUGCGGUGACAAUGGUCAAGACGGAGGGGGGCAUCUUCGGGGCUGUUGCCACUUCGGCGGACGUGAUUUCAGCCAUUGCGCGCCUUGCCUCGAAGAAUUCUUGA